AUGCCACCAGCAACACAUCAACAUCUCGCCAGGUCUCUCGCUGUCUCUUCUUCCAAGAACUCUAUCCCGCGAGACGCCCACCUUCCUUCGAUUUCUGGGCCAUACGAAUCACUUCUGCCCAGAAUACCUUCACCUUCGUUGUACUUGGAAGACUUGUUGGAGGCGUGGCCGUCAAAUCCCAAAGAAACUCCUCCGCUCGUCCAUGAAAAAGUGUCUCGCAACAGAAACUGGUUAAGAAGUGUCACCGACAGUGGCUCAACUACCGCUCUCGAUGAUUUUAGCGACUUGAUCUCUGCGUACACGUGGGAGCAGCCUCCAAGCUUACUGUCACCUGCCCCAAGGCUGUUCAGAGGCGGUGACUUCCAGCAAGAUCCCACCGCCGUCGAAUGCCGCCUUCCACCAACAACCCUAACCUUUGCAAAUCAAGGGCCGAUCGAACCCACUGCGGAUACAUGGUAUGCUUCGAAGAGGAAUCCGGCUGUCUUGGAACUGCACCAACACCUGCGUCCGUCACUGCGCAAGUCCUCCAUGGAGACCGACAGGCCAAGUACUCCAGUCCCAUCACUGACCCAUUCACGCAACACGGCAUCUUCAUCAAGCGUGGAAUAUUCACCGGCACCAGUUACUCGUUCGAGGGGUGGCACAAAAGUGCUGUCAGAGCAGUGUCGUGACAUGAACGUCCAAGAUGGGUUUGAAGUCAAGAUGCCUAUCGUGAGGUUUGAAAGACUUCCGAAGGCCCCACGGUCUGGUGACAACUGUCCACGCUUGUCAGGGUCGUCUGGCUAUGAUAACGACGCCUUUCCUCGAGCUCUAUCCAUACCUCAUGAAGCCAAACUCACAAGAGGGACGGUACUGGACAGGAAUACAGACAAGACGUCGCACAUGCCUCCGCUACAUGAGACUCAGUCAGAAGUCUCUUACAUCGAUUGGGAUGAUGAUGAGAAAUGUGGGCCAUCAAAGCCAUCAGCCCUAGUCCGGCUGAAAAGAGGCCUCACCGAAUUGCGUACCGCAGAACGUUUCAUAUCGGACGCACAAAUGAGAACGAGACUUUCGGCGCCGGAAGACCUAUGCAGUAUAAGACAGUUCAACGCACCUUCAGCAUCUGCUGAGAAGGUCUUUAAUACUGUGAUUGCUGCCCGACCUCCCGAAGGGAUACAGCGGCCAUCAGGUUCGCAAAGGACACGACUUGUUUCUGCUUCUCCUACGGUCAGAAGGAAACAAAGACCACUUCAAAUGACAAACCCAGAGAAGUUGCGAAGAGAUCUGAGUAACAGACCCGUCCAUACAGACUACGAACAUGCGCAAACCAGUCAGAUCCCUUCAUCUCAUGGUCGCCAUCAACGACAUGAAACCCGUUCUGACAUGGGGUCUCCUUUCCCACAAAUACCAAGACACGCCGACAACGAACGGGGCACCACGACUUUGGCAUAUGCCGAUGUUCCCAUUAUGUAUAUGCCUGAGGGCCAGAAGGAAAGAUAUAAUGUUACAACUCCCCGCGCUAUUAGGGAUGACGAGAAGACUGCCAGACUGGGCAGUGUGGGCAAAUGGUUCAAAAGGGGAUUAACGCGCGAGGAUUGA